UUACUAAUCUUUGCUUGUACUACAGUUUAUGGUUCUGUAAAUCAUAGUCCAAACCAGGGGAAAAUAGAGUUUAUUAUUAAAAUUAAAAUUUUUGCUGCAUUAUACAAAAAUUUAUUUUGUUCUUAAUUGAAGAACUGAAAUUUUAACUGAAAGCAUUCCUUAACAUUUUCAAUUGAAAAGAUUUUUGGCAGUACAGAAUCUGGGAUUUAUAGUUAAUGUUUUAAUUCUAUAACUUAUUAACUAUAACUUAACUUAAAUAGACAACAAAAGGCUUCUCUAGUGAAAAUAUAGUGCAAGAAAGUGUAAUGAAUUUGUGCCACAUUUCAUUUUGUAUACUAUUGCUAUGAGAACUUUUUAUGGUUUUUAAGAUGAUAAAUGUGACGUGAUGUAGUUAAAAAGCACAAAAAAAUUAAAUUGCAAGAAUUACCGAUAAAAAAAUAAAAUUAAGGAGAUGUCAGAGCUAACGUAAUCUAACCUCUAGUUGUAGUUUAUAUUGUUUUCCAUCAAUAUUCUUUGGACUAUCGGAAAUCUAAUUAAUAGUUGUUAUGAUAAAGAGGAUGCCAACGUCUUCAACAAGUGUUGCUGUUAUAUGCUCAAGUAAUAUGAAUCGGAGCAUGGAGGCUCAUGCAUUUCUUAGUAAAAAAGGAUUUAAUGUAAAAUCCUUUGGUACUGGAGAUAAAGUAAAGCUACCUGGCAAUGCUCCGGACCGACCUAACAUAUAUGAUUUCGGAACAACUUAUGAAGAAAUCUAUAAUGAUUUACUCAUCAAAGACAAGCAAUAUUAUACACAAAAUGGUCUUUUACAUAUGCUAGAUCGGAAUCGACGAAUAAAAGUUAAACCUGAAAGAUUUCAGUUGUCAAAAGAUAGAUUUGAUAUUUUAAUAACAUGUGAAGAACGUGUGUAUGAUCAAGUAAUAGAGUGCAUGGAAUCUAGAACUCAAGAAGACAAUCAACCAGUCCAUCUUAUAAACAUAGAUAUUCAAGAUAAUCACGAAGAAGCAACUGUAGGAUCGUUUCUUAUCUGCGAAUUAGUAUCAGUGCUUGCGAAUAGUGACGAUCUUGAUAAUGAUAUUGAUGAGCUACUACAUGAAUUCGAAUCUAAAUUCGAUAAAACGAUUUUGCACACUGUUCUUUUUUAUUAAAUAUAAAUAUAUUGUAUUCUAGUUGAUACAGUGCAUAUGUAUAAUUUAUUAAAAAAUGUCACAACAAAUGUAUUAGGUGGUUCUUGUAAAUAUCUUUUAUUAAAAACUAUUGAAGCAUUGUAUGUUUAAUGAAAACAAAAAUAAACACAAACUACUUCUAUAUAAAAAAA